AUUAAUCAUUUAUAACGAUCGUAACUCGUUUUUGUCAUUUUGCUUAUGUAGAACUAGUUUAGAUUUUGAUAUAGAAGUAGAAAAAACAAAUAGCAGUGGGUCAAAAAGGGCCCGACAAAGUAUUGCUAAUGGAUAUACAAAUGCCUGUUCGCAAGCCCUUUGCGACAGACUAUAUAUCCGCUACUGAAGAAAACGGCGCGCUCGGUAACAUAUUUACCGAAUUGUAUGAAACCUUAGGCUUCUUAGAAAGAAACUACCAGCCAUCUAAUUGCACUGAGCAAAUAAAAAACUUUUUGACCGGUUCUCCAUUGGUAUCUUUGCCAAAAACUAUGGAGUUUUCUUUUUAUGAUCAAGCACAGCAUGAAGUGAGCAUUGAACAACAACCGACAUGUUUUGAAUCGGCAAUAAAUACAAGUAAAAACAAUUGGGUUCCGAUGGAUGUUUCCUCAGACAUGACAAACGGUCAGUACAACAACAUCGAACCUUUGUACGUGCGUAAAACGGACCGGGUUUCUUAUGAUCAUCAAAAGAAAAACAAUGAAUGCCAAUCGAAUGUGGCUUUGAGUGCUAUUAAAUCUAAUGAAGUUUCAUUAGUGCCUCGAAAACGUAAAAUGGAUUUUGUAGGUAAUGAAAAUAAAGUACAAAUCAUGUGUGAUAUUGGCGAUGCGGCGCUACAAACCGAAAACGCUUCAAGAAUUCUUCAGGAACAAUUCAAGAACAAUACAAAAUUUGUAAAUCAGCCGAGAACUGUAUGGCCUGCAGAAGAGCUUUCCUUGACUGAUGACGAACUGGAUAAUUCCUAUAAUAUAAGUGAUGCACUCUUAACCCUAACCAAUCUUACGAGUUUAAAGCAAGAAUCUACCUCACCAGGCGUCACAAAGAUAGGUUCUCCUUCCACUGCAAAUGAUACAAGUUCGAGGCAUAAAGAAAAUAGGGAUUCAAAUGACGAAAAUAUUUGUUUCCAAGAACUUCUACAUGGUCAAAAAUCUCACGAUUUAAAUGCUGGUAAACCAGUAGAUCAUUUACGAGAAGUUGCUGAAAAUCAAGAAAUAAAUCCUCCAAAAGAAGCAGAAGCAAAAGAUUGCAGAUUUCAAUAUGUUCUUGGCGCUGCAACUAGCAUUGCAACGAAAAUGAAUGAAGAAUCUUUGACGUACUUAAACCAAAGACAACCGUACGAGAUAAAACUCAAGAAAUUGGGCGAUUUAAGCCCAUAUAAAGGAAAACUGUUAAAGACUAUAAUACGUAUUUGUUUCCAUGAACGUCGACUGCAAUUCAUGGAAAAAGAGCAGAUCAAGUUGUGGAAAGAAGCACAUCCAGGAGAGAAGAUAAUUGAUAUUGAUGUUCCAUUAUCAUACGGAUUACACAGAAUUGUAAAACAAUCUUCAGAUAAUAGUGUAGAGUUGUUAUGGGAUCCUAUGAAGGAAACCGGAAUAUAUAUAAAGGUGAACUGUAUAUCUACAGAAUUUACACCCAAAAAACACGGUGGAGAAAAAGGUGUACCGUUUCGUAUCCAAGUUGAAACGUAUUUAUCGAAGAGUGACGAUAAUUUUUCAGAUGUUGGAAAUGCAGAAUUAUUACAUGCAGCUUUUUGUCAAGUUCGAGUGUUUAAACUAAAGGGUGCCGAUAGAAAGCACAAACAAGAUAGAGAUAAAAUUAUGAAGAGAUCGGCCCUGGAACAAAAACGUUACAAGCCGAGCUGUGAAUGCACUAUUUUAAAUACUAUGCCUUGUGAUCUGAUUUUGGCUAAUUAUCCGCAACCGACUUAUUACGAUCAAAGAAGUCCUUCGCCAAAUAAUGAUGCCAUUAUACCUAAAACGUACAACGGAACGGAUUCCGACCCACUUAAUAAUAUAAUUAACUCACCGUCGUCCGUUCGGUCGGAGAAUUCACCUGGUGAAGAUAUUCCUUUAUCUCAAGACACGAAUACCGAAAGGAUGUCUCAAUGGUUGCAGAAUAAUCGUUUCUCGGCGUAUUUGACAACUUUCAGUCACUUUUCAGGAUCUGAUAUUUGGAGUCUUUCACGUGACGAUUUGAUUCAAAUUUGUGGAGUCCCUGACGGAAUUCGGCUAUAUAAUUCGCUGCACUCUAAAAUAAAAUGUACUCCACGUCUAACCGUUUACGUAUGUUUGGAUACGUCGACUCCUUGCAAUGCAAUUUAUUUGCAGACUUUGACUGCAGCUGAAUUUAUUCUAAAAGUUCGUCAAUUUUUGUGUUCGUCCAAAAGCUCGGAUAAUACUCAAUCUAAUGGCGAUGAUAACGAAGAAUCGUAUUUGAAGCUGCCUAUAUACAUUAUAGGACCUGGUGGUAUCCACGUUGUGAUCACAAACGAACUUGUCGCCAACAUACAAGAGAAGACUAUUUUCACAAUCGUCGUUGAACGUGAUAAAAUCCUUUUGAAGGACAUAAAUCGUCAUGAUUAAAUUAUUUAAUAUACAAGGUGUACAGGUCACAAUAAAUAACACAACUCUAUUACAUUAUCAUUAACGAUUUAAGUUGGUUUUAAUAUUUUGCAAAACAGGUAAAGGACUUUUAUUUAAUUUUUGAGUACCCGAUGAUUUUAAAC